AUGGUAGAGCACUAUAUAAAGAACCUUAGAAAGACACCAACAAAAUCAGGAAGUAAAAAAAGAUUUCAUCAUUUAAAUGACAAAUUAAAUCAACUAACCGUGCAAUCAUCUUUUUCUAACUUCGACAAAAAAUUAAUUUAUGGAAAUUCCUUCGACUUUGGUGAUUUUGAUAGCUGUUUAGCUACAAAGAUUGAUCAGUCAGGCGUUUCUGGGAAGUACUGCAUGAUCAAAUAUCAUUCUGAUGAUGCCAUAUCAGUUCCUCCGAGUGAGAAUCAAUUUACUUUAAGUAUUCACAAUCUUAAAUGGAAGAACAUUGAUGAAAGUUUUGGAGGCGCAAUUUGUAUUCCGAGUGUAUGCAACAAUGAUGUAAUAGAAACUAUAACAAAUCAAUUAUUCAACGGAACAAGUUUAAGUCUGACGACUGAUUAUGAACAAGAGGAGUUCUGCCAAGUACAAAAGACAAUUAACUUUAAUUAUAGUGAUUAUAUAAUAUUAUCUUAUUAUCCUUUGAGUAACUCCGAAAAGAUGCUUAAAUUCAUGGAAAACCCAUACACAAAAUUAGUUCAAGUGUUUCCAUUUGGACUUUUGGGAUUCUUUGUCAUCAGCAGUGCCCUUACAACAAAAAAGAUACUUAACUUACUCGAUAAGCAGUCAUUUAAUUUCUUCAACAUUUUUAUUGAGCGAUAUGCUCGAACUAUGUUUGUUGUCGCUGCUGUAAUAUGCAUGAACAUUUUCAUUAACAAUUUGCAUAUUUAUCAAGCACCGUAUUAUUUUCCUGAUCAACAAUCCGAAGGAUGUAGGAAGUAUUGGUGGACGGCAAUGCUUUUAAUACAGAAUUAUUAUCAUUCUGGUGUUACGGACAUGUGCGCCCCACAAUGUUGGUUCUUGAGUGCGAACUUUCAUUUCUUCAUACUGACACCACUUGUUAUCUUCCCAAUUUGGAAAUGGAAGCAAUCUGUGUGGGUUAUUAUACCAGCAUUACUAGCUGCAUCUCAAGCAUUCAUAUUUCUCUAUGCUAUUCAAAAUGAAAGUUUUCUAAAGCAAGCGAAUUUCUUUGCCAUCACCGACAACAAUUUUUCGAGCUUUUAUCUUCAAUCUCACUAUCUAGCAUCAGCUUGGAUUAUUGGAAUGCUUCUUGGAUAUGUAUUCUAUAGUUGUAAGGACUUUGAAAUGAGCUGGAUCCUCAAAUCAUUCCUUAUAGCCUUCAUUAUAUUCAUGUUCUUUAAAUUAUUUGCUUGGAACUUUGUUUUUGGUCAACCUGAAUUUAAUAUCUUCUUAUUUACAAUUGAUCGAUUGCUAAUCUCUCUUCUCGCUGCAAGUGUCCUCUUCUUUUGUAACUACAUACAUGGAGACUAUGGAAUAUCAAAGCUUGCAGCAAAUAUUCCAAUCAAUCUUUUAUGGACUGUAAUUGAUCGAGUUGGAUUGUCACUAUAUCUUGUACAUCCAGCUGUAAUAAUUGGAAGUACUGUAAUAAGCAAGCAGCCUAUGUCAUUUGAUAUCAUACCUAUUACUAUUACUGCAUUUGGGGAUUUCUUAUUAUCACUGAUACUAGCUGUAUUUCUUUACUUGCUGAUUGAAAAUCCAUUUUUGAAUAUCACAAAAAGAUUUCUAAACUUGAAUUUGUCAAUGCGAUCUUCAUUUUCGAAUUAUGACAAAAAAUUUGUAUACGGAAAUUCAUUCGAUUUCGGUGAUUUUGACAGUUGCAUUUCUACAAAUGUCAACGGUUCAAGUAUAGUCGGAAAACAUUGCAUGAUUAAAUUUCAGUCUAGUGAUGUGAUUGCUGUUAAUCCAAGUGUAAGCCCUCGAAAUCUCAAAUGGAAGAACAUUGAUGUAAGUUUUGGCGCUGCAGUUUGUGUCCCAGAUAAGUGUGGUAAUAAUGAAAUCAGAGCUAUAAUUGAUCAGCUGUUUAAUGGAACAGAGUUGCACUUAUCAACUGAUUAUGAGCAGGAAGAAUUUUGUCAAUUACAAAAACCAAUGAGUUUUAAAUUUAGUGACUAUAUAGUAAUCUCAUCACUUGAUUAUCUGAAGCCACUUCGAGCCACACUCUACUUAGGACUUGUUUUUUAUCAUUCUAUUUUUAUCCGAGCUGUUUUUCCAUCCACAAACUCGGAAAAGAUUUUAAAGUUUGAAGAAAGUGCUUUUUCCAAAACUGUAUCAACAUUUCCUUUUGGAUUAACAGGUUUUUUUGUAAUUAGCAGUAUGCUCACAACUUUGAAGAUACUUCGACUACUUGAUAAAAAAUCGUUGAACUUUUUCAAGAUGACUAUUGAGCGAUAUACUCGAACUGUUGUUGUAAUAGCAUUCGUUAUAUUUAUUACUGUUUUCAUUAACAGUUUGGAACUAUUUCAAGCUCCUUACUAUUUUCCUGAUCAACAAUCUAAAGAAUGUCGAGAAUAUUGCUUCGCCAUAACAAAUCCCAAGUUUUCGAAAUAUUACCUCCAAUCACAAUACUUAGCCUCAGCGUGGAUCAUUGGGAUGCUCAUUGGAGUCAUCUUUCAUAGAAAUAAGAAACUAAAGAUGAAUUUGGCCAUGAAGUUAUCUCUUCAGCUUUACAUAGCCUUAAUGUUAUUCAAAUUAUUUGCAUGGAAUUUUAUUUUCGGACAGCCGGAAUUCAAUAUUUACUUGUUUACGAUUGAUCGCUUGCUCAUUUCACUUCUUGCUGGAAGUGUUCUGUUCAUAUUUAAUUAUUCUUCAAACAUGCAAAAUCAAUCAAUUAAACCAAGAUUCUAUAAGAUUAGUUUGAUAUGGACUGUGAUUGAUCGUUUGGGAUUCUCACUUUAUGUCGUGCAUUUAUCAGUCAUAACUGCAAAUGUUGUGAUACAGAAGCAGCCUUUGACAAUGGAAUUAUUUUAUAUAUUUAAGGCAGCGAUUUCUGACCAAAUCUUGUCUCUAUUUUGUGCACUUCUUCUCUAUCUGUUUAUUGAAACACCGUUCCGUAAACUUAUAAAGAUAGUUUUGGCUAAAAGAAUUUCAUAUUGUAAUGUACCGCAGCAAGUUGCAGAUGUUCCAAGGGCUUGAAUCUUUAUUACACUUUAUUACAUUAAGCAUUAAAUUUCUUUAAAAAUAAAACUAUUGUUUCUUUAUUCC